AGGAGAUGUGUUGGAGGAGGCAGAAAUGAAGAGAAAUGAGGAGCAGCAGCUUUGGAGAGGCAGAGUAGCAGAGAGAAUAAAAGGAGAAGGUGUGGAGACCCAUGCUACUGCUUCUAUGCUCUCAGCAUCACGGAUCCCAGAAAUGUGAAUGGAUCUCGCCUGGCUGCAGUCCGCUCCGCGUGGACUGGCUGCGGGCUGGCGGAGGGACUCCGGACCGUGGAGGCAAUAAGAGCGUAAAGAAUGCCUGCGGCCACUGAGGGGCACGCAGCCGACAGGUUCGGGGAUCAAAGAAAAAGGAUGUAAAUAAUCUAGCACGCAGGAGAAGGAAGAGAAAGGGGAGAGAGUGGUGGCUAUGGACAUGCCGGAGGAUGGAUCGUUGUUUAAUAAUCAGACUGCACAUGGGCCGGAGCCAAGCCAAGGAGGAGCGCGUCCUGCAUGGGCAGUUACGGCGCUGGCCAGCGUGCUGAUCUUCACAACUGUGGUGGAUGUGUUGGGGAACCUGCUGGUUAUAAUCUCUGUAGCGAAGAACCGUAAACUCCGAAAUGUGGGAAAUGCCUUUGUGGUGAGUCUUGCCUUCGCUGACUUGAUGGUAGCAUUCUAUCCUUAUCCUCUGGUGUUGUAUGCCAUCUUCCAUGACGGCUGGUCAUUGGGAGAGACCCAGUGCAAGAUAAGUGGCUUCCUGAUGGGUUUGAGCGUCAUUGGCUCCAUCUUCAACAUCACAGGCAUUGCCAUCAACCGCUAUUGUUACAUCUGCCACAACUUCAGCUAUGACAAGUUGUACAGCAACCGCAACACACUGGUGCUGGUCACACUCAUCUGGUUCUUAACAAUCAUGGCCAUUGUGCCAAAUCUAUUUUUUGGCUCGCUGCAGUACGAUCCCCGCGUCUAUUCCUGCACAUUUGCACAGACUGUAAGCACUUCCUAUACCAUCACAGUGGUGAUAAUCCACUUCUUUGUGCCCAUUUCCGUGGUUACUUUCUGCUACAUGAGGAUAUGGAUCUUGGUCAUUCAGGUAAGGCGCAAAGUGAAAUCUGAGGUACGUCCUCGCAUCAAGCCCAGUGACUUGAGGAACUUCAUCACUAUGUUUGUAGUGUUUGUGCUUUUUGCAAUUUGUUGGGCACCACUCAACUUCAUUGGGCUUGCUGUUGCCAUUAACCCAGAAGAAGUCGCACCUCACGUCCCGGAGUGGCUCUUUGUUGUCAGCUAUUUCAUGGCUUACUUCAACAGUUGCCUUAAUGCCGUCAUCUAUGGCCUGCUGAACCAGAACUUCCGCAGGGAGUACAAACGAAUUGUCAUGUCUGUGUGGUGGCCACAGCUCUUCUUCCAGGAAACAUCACGAGGAGGGACUGAAGGCAUGAGGAGCAAACCAUCACCAGGACUCAAUAAUAAUGACCAAGCAAAAGGAGAAACUCUGUGACUCAGUUUGUCACUACCGUGCCAAAGCCUCAACAAGCACUUGAAACACAAUAGCCAAAUGGGCUACAGUAAAAUGAAAAGACAAAAACUGCCCAAUAUACAAAAUAAUGUUCACAUUUUUGAGCACCAUUCUUAAUGUUUAAAGCUCAUCAAUUUAGUUUUUUUUGUUUUUUUUUACAGCAGGCUUGGGGCCUGAAUGGGCCAGCGUGUAAACAUGUUUAUUGCAUCAUUAGUCUAUUCAACCAAUUCAAUUUUGGAACUUCUGAAUGAACUCAAGGGAUGACUUAGAGCCAGUCAUUAGGGAUUUGUGCAGCAUCACUUUUCACAAAUUUCCUUUCAACUUUGCUUUUCCUUGCAUCUGGGUCAUUUCAGCACACAGUGACAAUUGUCGCUGUUCCUGUUUUUAGGUGUGCUGUCAAUGCAAGGUGGGCAAAGCUAGCAAAUUGCUAAGCAUCAGGGUGUAGUAAAUGAAACAAAACAUAGUAUGAAUGUUGUUGCUGGCUUUUCUCAAAUCUAUCACAUAUUUAUUUACUGCAAGUCAAAAUAUUCUUUUGCGUCUUUCGCUAACAUUUCUAUCAAUUCAAAUUUGUUCUGCAGCUGAUGUGCUCUCCUGAAUUUUCUAUGACAAAAAUAUCCAGCAUCCCUGAGUGGCAUAAACUCUAUAGAAAACAAACAGAAUAUUUAUGUAGAAAAAAAUGAAAGCUUUAUACUUUUUUUUCACUUUUUUCAUCAGUUGUGAAGCAAAAUUUGAUGAUUUUUGACGAUUUGACAAAAUGAUUUUCAAUAUGUGGAAAUCACCAAAACUAAAUUGAUGAGCUCUCAAUGUGGUGUAUGUUUAAAUGUUCCUGUGCAGACCCAAGGUGCCCGUGUUGUUUUGGAAAUAUGUAUUUGGCACCAAAAUGCAGUUGUAAACAUUUACAAAAUUUGGUGAGAAUAUAACAGACAGCAGCUUAAUUAUCCUCUUAUUCAUAUUAGUAACAUACUGUGCAAGGUGUUUGGCAGCACCAACGGUUUCUCAUGGUAUAUAAUUGUAUAUCAAAUUAUAUGAUCACAUUUUACCUUGUGUCACAUUUAUGACUACCAUGACUAAAAUGUGAAAUACAAUUUAAUUUGCUUAGCUGGUAGUCAAUACCUCAACUUGUUAAUUAUCAGAAAAUGUGCCUGUCCUGCUCAUCUUCUUUUUCACUUGACCAAAAAUAACUUCUUUUAACGGAUCAUAGAUGAACAUCCUGCCUGCUGUAAGAUUUUCACUUUGAUGUCAAUGUUUAUCAAGGCUGAAUGGAACUACAGUAGGCAGCACAAGCAGAGCAUUUAUCCGUCAAUGAUUAAUCUCUGUCAAUAUAGUUUUCAUGUUGUAAAUCAUGAACUAGUGAGGAAUGUAACAGAAUUUUUGGGUCAUAUCUGAAAAACGUUUUGAUGCAAGUCAUAUAAGUACUACACAAGAACUACUGGAAAACACAACUCAACAUUGAUGUUUUAUAUAUAGUAUGCAGCAUUUUCCUGAUUUAGAGAUUCUAUUUUCAUCUAUUUUAUGGCACAUACUGGGAUAGACAAAGUUGCCAUGACAACC